GGUCACGUGCUUGUGACGCACCUUUUAAACAGGAAGUGGUGCUUUCACUCAUGUGAAGCCAAGUUAGGAAAGAUGCGAUUUGAGUAAAGUUUUAGAGUGUCAGGCUGUUAGUUGUUUCUUUUAUUUAAGAAAUGUUACGUGGGUAUACUGUUAAUCAUGCACUGGCAACGUUAUAAAAGUAGAGGGCUGCUCAGCACAUUUACUGUCCUUCACGCCCAGUUUAAAGAGCAUCUUGUACCAAUGUUAAAAUAUAAGCAGUCUGUGGACGGUUCGAGGCUUCUCCGAACUACCAACACGCCGACCCAGGAUGUCUGCGGCGGGGCAGAACUUGAAAACGCGUUGGAGGGCAGCCCACCCGAGUCCCAACCAUCGAGUAGAGAGCUGACAGAGGAGGAGUUGCUCAUCCAUAGAGUACACACAGAAGCGUGCCAGGCAAAGAAGCAGAUGUAUGUUGACCCUUCCAGUGGGUACAAGGUGUUCACAGAAUAUGCCCACCUUCAGCGGGGGAAAUGCUGUGGCAGUGCUUGCAGACAUUGUCCAUAUGGCCAAGUCAACGUAAAAGACCCUGCAAUGAAGAAAAUGACGAUGGCACUAGCCCCAGAGAAUAAGAGAGCUGUCCAGUUUGUAACUGUGACCAGACGUGCUCCAGUCACAACCAGUUGACAGGCCGAGCAGCUCUCUCCUGCCUCAGCUGUCCCCGCACUCUCGCACCAUCUCAAACAGGCACGGCAGCCCUGCGGCCAAUGGCUUCCACCACAGUACUUACAGCAUCUCCAUCACUGAUGGGCAGACUGGCCACAUACUGACAUGUGCUUGGCAGGGGGUAAAAAAAUCAAAUUUGAGUGUCAGUCUUAUGAUCGCUGAAAGGAACAUCAGUCCCAGCAACUGGCUUGGCCCUUCCUUAUUUAUUGGAGUGUGGAAGAGGCUUCGUAUUCAAGCAGCAUUUGAGCAGCCCCUCCAUCAAUGUCUAGUCGACACGGACAAUGUCAGCUGGCCUCGGGGUAGCAGCCUGCACAGUGGUCAUAUGGACAACCGGAUCCCUGUGGUAGAAUUAGUGAUAAAAAAUGCACACAUGGCCGCAGUGUGACAGUCAGGGUGCCAGAUUCCUUAGGACAGACAUGGCUGCAAAUAGCACAGAGGGACAGUUUCUCCCCUGGACCACAACUGGUGCACACACUGAUGCCAGGCCAAGCCAUGGCCGCCAGAUGAGCCCAGAUGAAAGAGGAGGCCGGGGCACUCACUGGCACCUCAUUGAGGUACACUUUUUGGCAGGUUUAUUCCAACCUAACCACAUGCGAGCGCUGACAGAAUCUCAGUCUGCAAGGACUUGGGGACUAACGGGUCAUGGGUUUAGCCCCUUUCAAGGGCAUACCCCCAUCCAGAAGCGUAUUUCCAGAUCAUGAGGUUUAGAAAGCGUGAUUAGUAACUGGAAGUAGACAACUAUCUUCAGCACUUAAGUGUUUUGAGCAAGGCUUAUAUCGUCCCACCUGAUCCAGUAUCUAAUAAUUUCAUGUUCAAUGGCCCUUAUGCUUAGCAAUGCAUCGAAGUGACAAGAGUAUUAAUGAUCUUCAAAUUAAAGAUGGAUGCUCAAUGUAUAUAGGUAUGCAAAUGGAAAGUUCCUCAGACCUGUUGUAACCGAGAAAAUAAUGAUUAAACACAAAAAUGACAUGGCAUUAGCUAUCCCUACCAACAUAUAUAUAUAUAUAUAUAUAUAUAUAUAUAUAU